GCUCGAAGUCGAGUGUCAUGAUGAAAAAGAAGAAAGAAGCGUUGGAUGACCAACAUUUGUUGUAUGAAAGUGUUACGUCAGAUGUUAGUAACAAAGAGUUUCAAUCUCUAUUGAAAUCGAUUUUUGAACUUUUUUCACAACUUCAAACCAGCUCCGAGCCAGCUUUAUGUCCGGAAUCGCUGAGACGUGCCCUCGCCUCGGGUCCCCUCGCAUCAAGACGGUUCCCACUCGGCUGCCUUGGAGAUGCAGCCGAAUGUUUCGAGCUUGUCUUGCAUCGCAUCCAUUCGCACCUCUCGUCGGAAGACAGUGAUCAGUGUGAGGUGCCGUCUUGCGUAGCACAUCAACGCUUUGCCAUGCGUGUCGUCGAGCAAAGUGUCUGUGAAUGUGGCGCAAAUUCAGAACAACUGCCAUUUACUCAGAUGGUUCAUUACGUUUCAGCAUCAGCACUCACUUCACAGUGCGCCUUGGCAGCUACAAAUCACAAAACCAUGUCUUUUGGUCAACUCUUGCGAUGUGCUGCUAACAUGGGCGAUAUUAGAGAUUGUCCGAAUUCCUGCGGCGCUAAAAUCGGAAUUUGCCGUGCUUUGCUGAAUCGUCCAGAUGUCGUUUCCAUUGGAAUAGUUUGGGAUAGCGAACGUCCUUCGGCGACACAAGUUCAUUCAGUAUUGAAAUCUGUAGGGACUUCAUUGCGUUUGAACGAUGUUUUCCAUCAAGUAUCUGAUCAGCGAUGGGCUUCCAAUAACACACAUGAACUCGUGGGCGUCGUUUCGUAUUACGGGAAACAUUAUACCACGUUUUUCUUCCAUACCAAGUUGCGUGUUUGGGUUUAUUUUGAUGAUGCUAACGUAAAAGAGGUUGGCCCCGAUUGGGAAGGUGUCGUUGACAAAUGCAGUCGCGGAAGAUAUCAACCACUCUUGUUGCUUUAUGCGCUGCCUCAACCGCCGAGCCCUGUGAUACAAUCCCAAUACGCAUCGCCGGAAAUUACACAAGUACCGCGACGCGCAAUAACCCCAAGCCCGGAGAAGCCUCCCAUGGGAUCUACGAGACGUGCCAUUACACCAACUCCAGCUCGAGCCCUUUGCGAUUAUCAAAACUUGAGCGUCAUCCAGAAGAACAUCUUUAACGGUAACAGUAACAAUAGUGAUAGUGGUAGUGUAGUAAGUAAUAGCGUAAGUUCCGAACACGAUAGUUACAUAAGUCGUAAAACCGUCGAAAAUGUCCUUUGUGCACAGCAAUAUCAAAACUUGAAUAUAAUUCAAGACAAAAUCUUCCGCAAUAACAAUAAUAACAGUCCCGUUGUGGGCGACGACAAAAAUGGAUACAUUUCGAAGAAACAACUCGAAAAUAUCCUCAUUAACAAUCACAAAAAGGCAAAUAUGCUCCAUCGAAGUCUUUCCGCAGACAGUGCUUCGCAAAGCGGAAGCGGAUCUCCCCCAAGUGGCACAGGAUCUCCGCCAAAUGGCGAUGGAUUGUGCGUUCCUGAUCACUUGAACCAACCGCGACGUCGUGAUUCGGGUAAUUGGAGCGGAGAUCGCAAUAGUGCAAGUUCUUCGUCAUCUACGACACUCGAUAAUCCCUAUUUGUAUCUCAUGGGCAAACGAAAUGGCAGUGUUCCUCCAUCUCCAACGCGUAAUGGGCAAUAUUGUGAUGCCGGAUAUGAUUCGUAUUCCUUAUCCUCAACUGAUUCUUACCCGCCGAAACAACUUUUGAACCAUAAUUUAGCGAAAAUACCCGAAAGUGUAUGCUUAUCUGUUGAUUGUGAAAAACUUUGCAUGGAAGCAGAUCAAUUAAUUGAAAAGAGUAAAGUUUUAGAGGAAGCACAUGAUUUUGAAACAGCUCUUGUGUUAUGUAAUGCCGCUGCUAGUAAAGCUCGUUCAGCAAUGGAUGCUCCUUAUAGUAAUCCUCAUACUAUGACUUUCGCUCGAAUGAAGCACAAUAGCUGUGUGAUGCGUGCCCGCAGUCUUUAUCGUCGCAUUGCCAUCGAAAAAGGCGGAGAAAUGGCAAAAGAAGUGUUGAACAAUGUAAACGGUGUGAGACAUGCCCGUCAAAAUAGCAAAGACAAGACGUCACAUUCACGUCAAAAUAGUCGCGAACUAAUUGCGGAGAAAAGUCCCCCGAAGAGCAUUGAAAUUUACGCGACUUUGCCGAAAAAGAAGGCAACAACAUUGAAACUUGUCGAAGCUGAUAUAAUUGAGACAGAAACAACUAAAAUUGAGAUUCAACCUCAAGAACCAGAAAUUGAAACGAAACCUGUUCAAAGGGAAAGUCGCAGCUUGUUUGGAAGAAGUCGUGAUUCGAAAGAAAAACGAAGCAAGAGUGAAGAUCGUAACAAAGUCGCGAAAGAUUUUGAACAAAUUUUAGCUAAUGCGAAAGAUACGUUGAAGAAACACAAAGAAGAUAAAGAUGAAAAGAAGGAAAAGGAUAAGAGUAACAAGAAACAACACAAAAUCCGUCGCAAGUUAUUAAUGGGCGGUUUGAUUCGUCGCAAAAAUCGUUCGAUGCCUGAUUUGACAGAAGCUGCUGAUGAUGCUGCGAAAACUUCUGUUCCUCCAACUCUUCCAGUGACUUCUGUUGAUGAUAGUUCCCUUGGCAUGAGUUUAAAUAAAGAUUUGAACAACGGUUAUUUGUCUGAGGGACACUUUGAGUAUUCAUCUUCAUCCUCGACUAACCCUAAUCUCGAAAGAAGUAAACUUAUGCGAAAGAGUUUCCAUGGAAGUGGUCGAACAUUAACAGCUGCAAACGUAAAAGUUCCUCCCCCGCCCCCAUUGAGAGUUAAUAGCUCCCUUACCAAUGGUCAUAACGAAUUUCCGUAUCAAGAUCCAAUUCAACCAUAUCACGCUCCAAACGUUUCAAAUAUCUCGACAAUUAGUUCAAACACGAGCAUGUCUGAAGAUUCAUGCCAAACGAUAAUAACUUGUGCUGUCGUUCAUCAAGAACAAAGUCCGCAACAGAAACCUGCGGAAAAUGGAAGUACAGAUGAAGUUGAUGCUACUGUACGAUAUGGUUCGCAUCUUGAAUUACCUCCGUAUCCAAGUCCUCCGACAAGUACAGUUCAUUCGCGACAAGCAAGUGAAGAUUUCCCUCCGCCGCCUCCAACAUUAGAUCUUGAACCUUUGAACGAACAACUUAACGAAAUCCAAAGAAUACAAACUAAUGGACAACAAUCCGAAUCACAACCUGUGAAAGGAACCACGAGUAUUUUAGCACAACUUCAACAACGUCAGCAAAUGUUGACGAAACUGAAACAAGUACAAAAUGAACAAAGUGAGGUUAAAUAUAACGACACAUGGUUGAAAGAACUACAAAACAAACAAUUUGCAUUGAAAUCCAAAGCUGGAGCUAAACCAGAUUCCCCUGUUACAAUGCGAAAUGUUCGUGAUUUAACAUCCCGCUUUGAAAGUACAAAACAAGAUCGCGAAUCUCCGAAACCAACUUCUGUCGUGAGAACUGGCAUGAGUGGUUUAAUUGACAAUCCUCCAGGUUCAAAUGGAUGCGAUGAAGUUGAUUUUGCCAAAUCCUUACCAAAACCGCGAUUUGAAGUGACUCCACGUCAAAUCCAAGAGGAAAUCCGUGAAGUUGAGAUGUUGAAUCAAACGAUCCAACAAACCUUGAACGGAGGAGCGACAAAUGAGAAACGUCAAAAGAAAAAGAGUGUUUCGUUCUGUGAUCAAGUGAUUUUAGUAGCAACUGCUGACGAGGAUCAAGAAGAUGAUUUCAUACCAAAUCCAAUAUUGGAGCGUGUUUUGAAGAGUCAAAAUAAAGCUCAUGAUGAGAUUUUGCCAGCUCCAUUGCCACAAACUCAAAGUACAACUCCUGAAGAGAAACCUCAAGUACCGGAUGAUAUCAUGUCGUUAUAUUCUGUCGUGAAUAAGCCUCCAAAGGAUCAACGACAGAAUCAAUCUCAAGUUCAAGUUCAACAACCUUCACAGCCUUCAAUGAUACCUUCUCAAAGUACAAAUCUUGCCGUGAAUCGUCAACCAAUGUACCAAAGUCCUGACAUGGUUUCCCCACGUAUUCCAAACAACCUUGUGACUUAUAACUCUUACUAUUCCGAUAACUCUUUAGAGCGUCGCAAUAACAUACCUGUCAUGAAUGAUCUCCCUCCAGCUCAAAUUGUGCCUGCCACGCCUUAUAUGCAUGUUCCUAUCAAUGCUGCUAUUGCAGCGAAUGCUUCUCAAUCCAAUAGUCUUAUUCGUAACACUGCCAGCGGAUAUCCUCCGGCUCCAUCUCCCGCCCAAUCGAAUCCUAAUCCUACCUUGAAUCAAUAUAACCCUCAACGAUACAUGGCAACUCCACAAAAUCCUCAGAACAUGCCUUCCAUGGUUUAUCAAAAAGUUCCCCAGCAACUCAAAAAUAUCCCUCAAGGUCCUCCAUACAUGUCUCCCCCAUAUAUGGCUCCGCCUCAGCAGCAACCUAUGAUGCAUCAAAUGCUUCCGCCAAAUAGUCCUCAAUACCAAUACCCGCCUUAUCAACGAAUCCCUCCGCAACAAGCUCCAAUGCCUGUUCAACAACCCACAAAACCUGCCACGAAAAAGGUAACUUUCGAAGCAGGUACAAAGGGAUCUGAUUCAGAUGUUGAUUGCGUUGAUGGUCCCAUGCCUCAACCAAUCACAAAUCCCUCAAAUGCUUCGAUUCCUUUAACACAACAACAACAAGCAAUCGCAAAUAGAGUUUUUAACAAUAAUCAACCCCUGAAACAGCAAAUGCCCAUGAACGUAAAUAACAAUCCAAACAUGCUCGGGAUUAAUAAAGCUCCCACGAGUUUGUGUAAUCUUUGCCGCAAAAAGCAAAUUAAUGCGCCGGCAAUUUAUUGUGUCGACUGCGACUUUUACAUGUCGCGUUUCCAAUCGCAACAAACGCGAUAAGUGCAAAUUUUUAAUGCAUUUUUUGUAAAUAUUUUUUAAUUUUAAUUAUUUUUAAGAAAAAGUGCCUUCUAAUAAUUGAAGAAACUGCCGAUCCAUAUACAACAUUCCAAUUUUUUUUAGUUUUAAGACGUGUUAGAAUUUAAGACAAAACGUGUACAAAAGACAUUUUAAAUGAAAUACUUAAAAAAAAAAUAUUUAUUAACAUGA